AUGACGGCGCGGUACGAAAGAGAUCUUGCGGAUACGCGAGAGAGCGCGUUACGUUUGCGCGAAGAGUUGGACGCUGCGAGAAAGGCGCGCGAUGAAGCCGUCGAGGCGUUGCGCGUCGCGCGCGAGGAAUCUCAUCGACUUGCGGAAGCGGCAAACUCGAGCGAAAUAGAUCGCGUGACGCAGAUCGAACGUGCGGUGAGCGAUGCUAAGCGCGAUUUCGAUGCCAAAGUCGCUGCGCACGUUUCAGAGAUUGACGAGCUCAAGACACAGCUCAGCAAGGCGCGCGCGGAUUUCGACGCCCAUCGCUCGUCGCAGAGCAACACCUUAUCGUCGCAAAUCGCACAGCAGACGACGAUUCAGCACAACUUGGUGCAAGAACUCACCGAUGCAAAGACGUCAGAGCGCACAGCGAAGAUACGAAUCAAGGAGCUCGAAGUGCGCGUCGCUGAAGUCACCGCCGCGCUCGACAUCGCGACCAAGGAAAUGUCCGCUGCGGCGAGAGAGCAAAAUGCUGCUGUGCUGAUGAAAGAGAAAGCGUUAAACACGAGCUUUGACGAGCGCGAGCACGAACUGGAGCAGAGCCAUAAAGAGCUGCGUGACGAGAUGGCGCGCGUAAGCGCCGAAAACGAAGCGCGUGUGACGACGAUUGCGCGUUUGGAAGGAGAACUCGAGAAAACCGUCGCUGCGCUCGCGGCUUCGGCCAAGGCUGAGCGAGAAUCGACGGCGCGCGUCGCCGCGCUCACGAGCGAGCUCGAGCGCGUGAAGACUGCGUUGGCGAAAUCGACCGAGGCUUCGACGCUCGAGAGCGAGACUCGAGCAAAGAAUUUGGAAUCCCGCGUGCGCGAUUUGGAAUCCGAGCUGAAAGCCGCGUUGGAAUCGUACGAGAAGAACGAGAGCGAAUAUCAAAAACUCAUCGAGGAGGUCACGGCGCAAAACACGACGCUUCAAGCGAAGCACGCCGCCUCCACAGACGCAUCGAUGACGACACUUCGCUCGCAAAACGAGAAGCUGAAGAAAGAAGUGGAGUCGCUCUCGACCGCGCUCGCCGAGCUCGAAGCCGAGGACUCUGGGGGAUUAUUCGGCGCUCUACUCGGCACCGGCUCGUCCGCCGCGUUCAAGAAGAAGAUCAAGGACCUCGAAUCCGUCGUGGAGACGGAAACCGCCGCGAAGACCGCGCUCGAGACCAAACUUCGCGAGCUCGCGCUCGAGCACGAGGCGCUCAAGGCGAAAAACGCGCCCCCGUCGACGCUCGGCUCCUUCUUUGGAUUUUAG